UGGAUGUCUCCCGUACAAGGAUACACAAAAGACUGAGAGAUUUCCCUGUGUGCGUAACAGCACAUUUCUUCCUCUCUCCCUCUCUCUCGUUGACAGCACCAAGCACAAAAACAUCUAAUCAAAACCACGCUAAAUCAUCCCCUGUGAAUGGAAGCAAUUCGAAAACAAGCCACAAAGCUUCGAGAGCAGGUUGCUAAGCAGCAACAGGCUGUUCUCAAACAGUUUGGGGCUGGUGGAUAUGGAAGUUCAGACAGUGUUAUUACUGAUGAGGCAGAACUCCACCAACAUCAGAAACUUGAGAAGCUUUACAUAUCAACGCGUGCUGGAAAGCAUUUCCAACGGGAUAUUGUUCGUGGUGUAGAAGGAUAUAUUGUCACCGGAUCCAAACAAGUUGAGAUAGGAACAAAGUUGUCAGAGGAUAGCAGGAAAUAUGGUGCUGAAAAUACAUGUACUAGUGGGAAUACAUUAUCAAAGGCUGCAUUAAAUUAUGGACGUGCUCGUGCUCAGAUGGAGAAGGAACGUGGUAAUCUACUGAAAGCUUUUGGUACACAGGUCGCAGAGCCAUUAAGAGCAAUGGUAAUGGGAGCUCCAUUGGAGGAUGCUCGGCAUCUUGCACAACGUUAUGAAAGAAUGCGGCAAGAAGCAGAAGCUCAGGCUAUUGAAGUUUCCAAACGACAGGCAAAAGUGAGAGAAAUGCCAGGAAGUCCUGAGCUUGCUAUGAAAUUAGAAGCUGCAGAAUCAAAGCUGCAAGACCUGAAGUCAAACAUGGCAGUAUUGGGGAAGGAAGCAGCUGCAGCAAUGGCUGCUGUUGAAGCUCAACAACAGAGGUUGACUCUCCAGCGACUUAUUGCAAUGGUUGAAGCAGAACGUACUUAUCACCAGAGAGUUAUUCAGAUACUUGAUCAGCUUGAAAAUGAGAUGGUAUCUGAACGACAACGAAUUGAAGCACCUCCUGCUCCAAGUACUGAGAACAACAUGCCACCACCACCUUCAUAUGAAGAAGUAAAUGGUGUAUAUGCUUCUCAAUCACAUAAUGGCUCAACAGACAGCAUGGGUUACUUUUUGGGAGAGGUUAUGCAUUCUUAUCAAGCUGAAUCUGACGUGGAGCUGACUUUAUCAGUUGGUGAUUAUGUUGUUGUUCGAAAGCUUACAAAUAAUGGCUGGGCCGAAGGAGAAUGCAAAGGGAAAGCAGGUUGGUUCCCAUUUGGAUACAUUGAAAGAAGGGAACGUGUUUUAGCAAGCAAAAUAGCCGAAGUGUUUUAGAGCUUUCAGCUGGAUUUGACUUGUGAGAUGAGGAUUUUGUUUGCUUGAUUUGCUCCGCAUAUAUAUUCAUAUGGAGGAUGUAUGUUCACAAAUAGAACGCCAUGUUGUGGUGUUACUAAUAUGAGAAAUGUAUUAUUUGUUGAUUUUUUUUUUUUUCGGGGGUGAAAGAAUGUGAUCCAGAUUUUGACCUAAGUUGUUGAUAUUGUGAAUGAUGCUUGAAGAAACCCUUUACUCA